UAAAUAAACCAAUUUAUAGACAUUAAAACUUUGCGUAUUAACAAAAUCAAAAUAACGUUAAUUACGUGCUUACGUUACGCACUCAUUUAGUUUUAUUUUCUUUAUAGAUAUGGCAAGGUAAUGAGUCAUAUGCAAUAGAAAUAAAAACAAAUUAAAGAAGUGAAUCGAAGAACACCAAUAUUUUUGUUCUUUGAAAUUUUUUGUUGUCAUCGAAAGCAAAACUUAAAAUAAAUUUAUUAUUGGUAAAAAUUAGUACACUUUGCAUUUAGCGUAUCAAAUUUUGUACAUAAAAUUUCAAUCACUAAUGCCAGUUAAGGUAUUCGAAAAUAUGUCGCUGAAAGAAGAAGUUAAUCCUGGGCAGGGAGAGCAGAAUCCAGUUAUAAUUACCGGUACAAAUGCACAAACUGAAACAAAUGCUGAUGUCAGUGAUGCUGCGCAGGAACCGCAAGUAACCAGAGAACUGACACAAACAGAUCGCAUAAAUAAGCAUUUGCUAAAAUCAUUUCUCGACCGCAUAAAUGCUAGUGGUCAGCUCAUGGAACAGUUUUCAACGAAUACGUCCCAAACCACAGCAACAACUUCAAACGAACAUGAUGACUUUGAAGAGCAAUUAUUCAUUGGUACCCAAAUUAUGUAGUUUGGCGGCAUGUUUUGUAAAUUUAAUUUGGUUUCCACUGAUGUAAAAAAUCCUAAUGUGUAUUUGAUAAAUAAAUUGUGUAUAUGUGCAAUUUCGCAACAUAUGUUUUAUUAUCUUAUA